AUGGUAUGCUCAGUCCCUGAGAGCUCCGAUAGCUGUACUAUUACUACUAACGAAGAGUAUUUUGAACCCGAAGGCUCUGGUUGGGAUACUCUAUACGUGGGCAGCAGCUCAAAUAUCCCUAACCUACAUAACCUACCACCUUACCAUAUUUACCAGGACCCAAACGCGCCAGAACACGAGAAACCCGGACGAUCUUACAUGCUCGAAUUAGAGGUAUGGGGUGUUAAUACCACUGAGCAGCCAAAUGUGCGUGUGGUAGCCCCAUCAUUGUAUUCCGUUGGAGCGCUGGGAUAUGCUGUCACUAGACGUGCCGCCCAAAUCCUACUUUACAACCUUGGUGGUUACAGGGGUCUUCAAUCACCCGUAGAUCUUGACAUGAUUAGCAUGGUACAGCAGGGCAUUCUGAAGGCAUACACCGUUAUACCGCCGCUUAUUACUCCAUUUUGGGUGGGAGGAGCCAAAGAUGGCGAUAUUAACGAGGAGAAAUAUACGGAAGAACGAAGUGAAAACAGAGUUCUGGGGUCGGAAAACUUGAAGAACAGUGCAAGAUUAGCCCUUGCAGACUUGAUCAAAACUUAA